AUGGAAAUAUCAUUAUCACCCGAACCAUCAUUUGGUCCACAGAUACCGCUAACUAUUGUCCAUCAAUCGCCACCACCACCACCACCAUCAGCCAUCACUCCAGUAUCAUUGCAGCAAACAAUUAACGCCAGUCAUCAUCAUCAUCAGCAUCAGCACCAUCACCAGCACCAACACAUAAACCAUUCAUCAUCAUCGAUGGUGGUAUCGUUAGGCCAGACAUCGACAACCAUUGCAGCCCAUACUGGCUUCACCACCAGCGACAGCGACAGCAUUGAACACCGCGAGUGCUAUAACUGUCGGACCACUUGUACGCCAUUGUGGCGCCGAUUCGGUGUCGACCAGUUUCUGUGCAACGCCUGCGGACUCUAUCAGCGCGUUAACGGUGCCCAUCGGCCACUGGUACGCAACGUCCGACGGCUGUCCAGUACGUCCCGACGGGUCGGGCUGACCUGUGCCAAUUGCGGUACAAAGACGACGUCGAUGUGGCGCCGAAACGCUGUCGGCGAUUCCGUGUGCAACGCCUGCGGUCUCUACUAUCGGCUGAACGGUGUCAAUAGGCCGGCGGCUAUGCGUAAAGAGUCGAUACGGACACGUCGUCGUCGGACUAUUAAACUGAUGGCACCGAUGAUGAUGACAACGACUGGAGCGGCGGCGGUCACCGGGUUUAGCCACCAUCACCACCACUACAGUAGUCAAUCGGCAUCAAAUGGCAUUGCCGUUGGCCAUCAUCACCAGCUAAUGAUCGGCGACUCAAUGGAUGACCACACUGUUGUCGGCAACGGUGACCAUUGCGGUGGUGGUAGUGGCGGUGGCGGCGGCGGUGCCCGAAGUGUUUCACCGAAUCAACGAUCACUUAUCCCAUAUCAGUCUACUUAUCCAACACUAUCUGCCGAGUUUGCCGCCUAUCGCCACCACCAUCACCACCACCAUCACAAUCAUCGGCGACCAGCGGUAGUAUCGGCACCCGAACCGCAAGAAUACGCCACCACCACCAGUCCGUACCCACAGUUAGUAUCGCCGCAUCAAUAUUUACCGCCGGAAUACCCGUUCCAGUAUUGGACACCCCAACAGCAACAACAGCUCUACCAUCAUCAACAACAACAACAACUACACGGCCAACAUAUGGGCCAACAAUUGUCGGCAGCGGCAGCAGCAGCGGCGGCCGCGGCCACUGCCGCAGCCGCACAGUACGGACAACAGCCUACUAAUCAUUAUCAACAUAUUAAUCAAUAG